GCCGCACUUAACACCGAGUGAUUUAACCAAUUCAAAUCAGCUUUUCUGGAACCGAAAAGUCGGAGUUUCCCAUUUUAGUUUGUUAAACCCGCUACCUGGAAUACUCCCAGCCCAUUUGGAAUGGGUUCGUAGCUUUUUAGUAUCUGUCAGUGUGCAGUAGUGUGUGAGGACAAUCAGCGACCCCAACAUUUCCGGGCGUUGAAGGGGCCAAGCCAGGACGCAGCAGGGUCGCUGCUGUGUGUCGCCUACUCUGCCGCUCACCUAGCGUAAGGAAAAGGUUGCACAGGUAGACCAGUGAAGACGAAUCAUGAUGGACCAGGGAAAGAAGAUCAUGUUGAUUGUAGUGGAUGUUCUUUGUGUGUUUGCUGUUGCCCUACCCUCUGCCAUCCUGACCAUAAUGUUCCAGCCAUACCUGCGAGGCAUCGACUGUGAAGACAAGUCCAUCAGCUACCCGUUCAGACAGGCCACCAUUUCCCAUGGCACCAUGGCUGCAGUUACCAUCUCCUCCUCCCUCAUAAUAAUCACCAUUGGAGAGGCGUACUUGGUCUACUGCAAGCGGCUCCACUCCAACUCCCAGUUCAACCAGUACCUGGCAGCUCUCUACAAGAUAGUGGGCACCUUCCUGUUUGGAGCUGGUGUCAGCCAAUCACUUACAGACAUGGCCAAGUUCACCAUAGGUCGGCCUCGACCCAAUUUCCUGGCGGUCUGUUCUCCUGUCGUGUGCUCUGGGUUUAUGCCUCAGAUCAACUGUACCGGCAACCCUCGCAACGUCACAGAAUCCAGGUUAUCCUUCUACUCGGGCCACUCCUCUUUCGGGAUGUACUGUAUGCUGUUUCUAGCACUGUACGUGCAGGCUCGUAUGCAGGGAAAGUGGACCCGCCUUGUUCGACCUACCAUUCAGUUCUUCCUGAUUGCAUUUGCAGUGUACGUGGGGUACACACGCGUGUCGGACUUCAAACACCACUGGAGCGAUGUGGUGGUAGGUUUACUACAGGGGGCUCUCAUUGCUGUGCUGAACGUCCGCUACGUGUCAGACUUCUAUAAGUCCCGCCCCUCCCGCUGCCUGCGACCAGCAAACCCCUCUGAGAACGAACAUCUGGAAUGCAAACCCAGCCUGCAGCCACCUGACAACCAACAUAGCAACCACUACAACUGCUCUGCGCCUGUAUGAGUACUUGACAACACAGUAACAUCUACCACUGCCACCAGACGAGCUGUGUUAAACAACCACACUAUAAAAAAAAGUGACGAUCCAGGACAUGUUCAGACAACUUAAUCAGAAUGAAAAACCACUACAUCCACUCUGGUGCAAGCUUGUGAGCACAAAGACAACACAUACCACAAUUCGCUUU